CGUGGAUCGCGCGAACGUUUUCCAUCCGCGCUACAGAGGGUAACACAUAAGAUUCUGCUUGCUUUCAACAGCAGUCUUUACUCGCUGUUUGACAAGAAAGAAGACCAGUGUUCUAGCUGUUGCAAGCUUAAUCGCUAUGGUUAAUCAGGUUGCCUCCUUGUCCUAUAUAGUGGAGAACAAUGCAGGCAAGGAAAGCGCUGCAGAUUUCGAAAAAGCCAUCAAACUGUGUGGGUACGGAAAAUUCCACUAUGGCUUGAUAUUACUCUGUGGAGCAAUGUUCCUCUGCGUUGGUUGUCAGAACGGAAUAAACGCGUACAUUUUACCAUCCGCAGAGUGUGAUCUCGAUUUGAGUUCUGAACAAAAAGGUCUUCUGAACGUCGCCUUUCUCUUAGGCGGAGUUGUAAGUUCCCUUUUCUGGGGAGUAUUUGCAGAUGCCUACGGAAGGAGAUAUAUUCUCCUCCUUACUUUACUAAGUGACAGUAUUUUGUCAAUUGGAGGAAGUUUCUCUCAAAGUUUUAAAGUGCUGUUAAUUUUCAGAGCACUCAGUGGAUUCUUCAUGGGUGCUCCUGGUUCUCUAAUCUAUAUGUAUCUUGGUGAAUUCCAUGCAGCGAAACAUAGAGUAAAAGCUAUCUGUUACGUAGGGUUCUUCUGGACCCUAUCGUGGUUGAUAUUGCCUGGUUUGGCUUGGAUUAUCAUACCGCUGCCAAUAUCCCUUCGAUUCAAUGGCAUGUUGUAUAAUUCUUGGCGACUCUUUCUGGCUAUUAUUGGAAUACCAACGUUAAUGGUAACUUUGAUCGCGACUAGAUAUCCUGAAAGUCCGAAAUUUUUGGUCACUCAGGGAAAAACGGACGAAGCACUGACAAUUUUACGAAAAAUCUACGCGAUAAACACUGGCCGUAACGAGGACGACUAUCCCGUAAAAGUCUUGUUGUCCGAUGAUACGAUGAAUAUUAAGAAUGUUAAUAAUACGUCUUUCUCCGCGUCCAGAGUACUAAUGGAAUUGCUGAAAAAUAUUUGGCAACAGAUGCGUUCGCUUGCGUCACCGCCGCUUUUGAAAUACGCGCUUCUCUGUUGGACUAUUUACUUUGCGAAUAUGUGCGGAUACUAUGGAUUCGGUUUAUGGUUACCAGAGCUGUUCAAUCGUUUUGAAAGCUACCAACACUCACAUCCCAAUCGAAGUGUAAGCGUUUGUAAACUAAUCCAAGAAAGUGACCUGCAAGCUACUGUGACGCCAGCGUCAAAUAUCUCGCUUAAUUCAACGAACGUUUUAAUUAACUCGACGACUGAGACUGAUUGUUCUUCUAACAUGGACGAGAUGGUUUUCAUCAAUUCAUUGACGAUCAACGCAUUUUGCUUGCUUGGCAACAUCGUAUCUGGAUAUUUGGCAAAUCGUGUUGGCCGACGAACAAUUCCAGUAACAACCAUGUUGUUAGCUGGAAUGUUUGGCUUCGCGAUAUACUUCGUCGAGUCCUCCUUGCAAAUUCUAAUGGUGAGCUGCAUGUUCUCGUUGAUGAUAGUCACAGCAAAUUUCGUGAUCAGCAGCAUAGUGGUUGACAUAUUUCCGACGCAUGUAGGCGCCGUUGCGAUUUGUAUGAUGACCUGUUUUGGCAGAAUUGGCGCGAUCGCCAGCAAUUUGGCCUUUGGAAUGUUGCUCGACAUCAGCUGCGAGGUGCCAAUCUUUUUGGUCGGCGGUAUAGUGAUCUUUGGAGGAUUGUUGGCGUUGACUCUUCCACAGAAAAAGAGUUGAACAUUUCCCGGUAAAGGAAUGAGAAAAGACGCGAAUAAUACGCUUAUUACAACAUUUGAUCAUUUCGUACAUUCCAACAAAUUACACCCUUUGUACACGUGAAGCCAGUAUUUUUUCGAAAACAUCAACGAGAGACAGUUUGCCUUGAUUUCAUCCGACGUUCAAUUCUGCAUAUAUUUGAAUAAACUAUAGACUAUAGUUCGUGUCUGUAGCUAUUAUUUUUGUACAAAGUGUCGUCGAACUGUCUUUCUCUGAACUGUUGACUUUUCCAAUUCGCACGAACAUCAUUCGAACGAAUAUUUAAAUAAUUGUGCGACUACGUUACACGGAUAGUAUUUUAUCAGUUCAUUCUUCUUAAUUAUUAUAAUAGUAAUUAAUGUUAUUUGCAUAAAUAAUAUUUUGAUGACUGCUAGUAUUAAUAUAUUGUUCAUUCUCCCUUAUCGUUUCUUCAUAAGCAGUUACAAGAAGCGAAGAUUGAGUUAUUCGAAUUUCUUUUAAGAACGUCUUUUAGGAUUUCUUUCAAGUUUAUGAAGCUUACAGUUACGCCAUUAAAUGCCAUUAGUUUAUAAUCAAAGGAGCAAAGAACGGCGUUGUUAAAGCUAAUUGAUACUUGACGGUCGUUUCCGUUCACGAAUUCAUAAUUACUGUGCUUGAAUAAUAAUUAUGUCUAAAUAGAAAUAGAAAAUGUAUAGGAAGAAGUGAAACUUUUCUAAUGUGGGACAACGUUUUUAAACUCGAAGUCUAUUAUUCCUAUUACAAAAGAUAGCGUAGUAUUGUCUAGUGUUACAAUGUAUGCGUGUUUUGUCUGUACGAAUGAAGUGUGUUAUAAUCAUGUACAUACGAAAAUGUGCUGUACGAGUAAACGAAAGAUCAAUGUAGAAUAGAUGCGAGAGGAGUUUACAUUUUUUAAACAAUUUA